ACGAACAAAUUAUUUGGAAGAUGUCUGGCUCCUCAGCGUCGCCAGAUAACGUGACGUCACUUCCUUUUAAUGGUACUACAUCCGUCUAUGAUACAUAUGGAUACUUUAUUCAUCCCCACUGGAAGCAAUUUCCACCUGUUCCUGAUGAGUAUCACUACAUGGUUGGAAUAUAUAUAACUUUUGUCGGUAUUACUGGAAUAAUUGGAAACUCUAUCGUCAUAUGGAUCUUCAGCACAACGAAAAAUUUAAAAACGCCUUCAAAUAUGCUGAUAAUGAACUUGGCUCUUAGUGACUUGGUAUUCUCAGCAGUCAACGGGUUUCCACUUCUUACAAUUUCUGCCUUUAACCGGAAGUGGAUGUGGGGUGAUGCAGCUUGUCAGUUAUAUGGAUUCAUUGGAGGAUUGUUCGGCCUUAUGUCGAUAAUCACCUUGGCAGCUAUAUCAAUUGACCGUUACUAUAACAUAGCAGAGCCCCUCAAAGCUGCACAAUUUAUGACAAGAAGGAAGGCCUUCAUGAUGAUAGUGUUAGUGUGGAUAUGGUCAUUAGUAUGGGCGGUUCCUCCGAUAUUUGGGUGGGGAGCAUACGUCCCUGAAGGAUUCCAAACCUCGUGCACAUUCGACUAUAUAAGUACCGAGCCCCAUAUGAGAGCAUACAUGAUUGGCAUGUAUUUAGGGGGAUUUGUACUUCCUUUGGUCAUGAUAAUCGUCUCAUAUGUUUUAAUCUGGAAAGCAAUCAGGAAACACGAAAAUGAAAUGUUAAAUAUGGCAAAAAAGAUGAAAAUUGAAGAUAUUCGCAAUAAUCAAGAAAAAGCAAAUGCAGAAGUUAGGAUUGCUAAAAUCGCUAUGAUUAUCGUUCUCCUGUAUUUACUUUCGUGGAGUCCAUAUGCUACAGUGGCACUGAUUGCUCAAUUUGGGCCUGCUGAAUGGGUGACACCAUACGUUUCAGAACUACCAGUUAUGCUUGCAAAAGCUGCAGCUAUGCAUAAUCCUAUUGUAUAUGCGUUUAGUCAUCCAAGAUUUAGACAAGCUUUACAUAAACGAGUCCCUUGGUUAUUGUGUUGCUGUGAUGUAACACCUGCCAGAUCUGCCAGUACUUCUCAUUCCAAAGUCACAACAAAACGACAAGUUAGCCGACAAGUUAGCAACGAUAGUUAUUAUGAUGGUAGGGCUGAUAGUGAAGUUUCCAGCUGUAUAAGUCAAAUUGAUGAUUACGGUCAAUCUAUUGAAAUGAAAAAGGCGGUAUCAGACACAUCCUUCUCAAGACGUUCUAAUAAAAAGCCUAGUAAGAGUAGUCCAAUGGCUUCCCCUGAUUCUGAAGAUAUUGUACGAGAACUAAUACAAGCACUGGUAAGCGUUUCUAACAGACCACCGGCUGUUCAGUCACAAUACACCCCAAAUAUCCCACCACAAAAUAAUCUUCAAAAUCCAGAUAAUGCCCAAAAAGGCGUUUAUGUUAUUGACAAUGGGAAACAGAUUGACAUGGCAACAUAUCUUGCACAUUUGGUUGCAACGGGAAAAACUAGUGACACUGUUACCAAAAAACCUGGUCCAAGUUUACCCAUUGUAACACAAAAUAUAGAUAAUACGGCAAAUGUAAAAGCUAAUGAGAAAAAGGCACACCAAGAUAAACAAAUAGAAGUGCAAAAGGAUCAUGGUAAAGAUAGCGGUACUGAUAAUAAACAAACACGUGACUCAAGUUCAGACGAGGGUAACUCUUCUAAAGUUUGUUACAGUAACGAUGCAUAUGAUAAAGGAGCGGAUGAUAAUGACAAAACUGCAGUUAUUGAUGAUGGACAUGUAUAAGGUGGAAACAUUGCCUUAAUUUUUAUUUCACGUGCUCAAAUGUGUAAUAUAU